GGUUUUGCAAAAAUGUCCACAAAGAAGGAGACCACGUGAUUCUGGUGUACGUGCCGGAAGUACAUAGUUCAAAAUGGAGCAAUGCCGUGUAUGUGCACGACCCGGAUGUCAUGGAGUCCAUGAUGACGGAAGAGGAGCUUCGCAUCCGCGGGGAUCUUGAGGUGUUUGCAGACAAGCUGAAGAUUCAUGGGCUGGGAGGGAGAGUAAUGAGUGUGAUAUCCAACAAGCCAGGCGAAGGCAUCAACAAGACAGCAGAAGACGAGGGCGUCGACUUGAUCGUUGUGGGCAACAAAGGAAAGAGCUCGAUGAAACGGUCACUGGUGGGGUCAGUCAGCGACUACCUUGUCCAUCACGCCAAUGUCCCGGUCUUCGUCUGCAAGCAGAAGAACAAGCCCGUCCCACCCCAGUGA